AUGGUGCAGGACCAGGAGCGAGAAGACUCCCACCAACUCUCCGGCAGCCCGUCCUUGUUCGUGAGAUGGGUGCAUGGAUUCCCUAAGCAGAAUGUCCAGUUUGUCAACAAUGAAACCAUUUGCUACCCCUCUGGGAAUUACGUAAUAUUUAUUAAUCUUGAAACCAAGGAAAAGACAGUACUCCAGUGUGUGAGUGGAAUUGUGGGCAUCGUGGCAACUAACAUACCCUAUGAAGUUGUGGCUUUUUCAGAUCGAAGGCUAAAACCCCUCAUCUACAUAUACGACUUUCCUGGAAUGACCAGAAGGACCAAAUUAAAAGGCAAUGUUCUUCUGGACUACACUUUACUUACCUUCAGUCACUGUGGCACAUACCUGGCUAGUUACUCUUCUCUACCAGAAUAUGAACUGGCCCUCUGGAAUUGGGAAUCACAUAUCAUCUUGUGCAAGAAGUCACAACUUGGUGUGGAUGUGAGCCAGAUGACUUUUAACCCCAUGAACUGGCACCAGCUGUGUUUGUCAAGUUCAAGUGCAGUGACUGUGUGGACCAUUGAAAGAAGUAACCAGAAACAUUACCUCAGACCAAAGUCAGUGAAACUACCUGCAGAAGAUGGGUCCAUUUUAGAUGAAACAGACAUCAUUUUCUCCCACUCACUGCUCAAGGAUCCUAUCUAUGGACCUGUGUUCCCCCUGUCGGCCAUUGCCGGGCUAGUGGGCGAAGAGGCAGAAACUUUCAGGCCAAAAGAUGAUCUGUGUCCUUUGCUUCACCCAACUAUGCAUUGCUGGACUCCAACAAGUGACCUGUAUGUUGGUUGUGAAGAGGGUCAUCUUUUAAUGAUUAAUGGAGAUACUUUGAAGGUGACUGUGCUUAAUAAGACAGAAGAACCACCACCUUUGGGCAGAAGAAAUAUUAUCAGUCCAAUCACCUUGGCAUAUCAGAAAGAAGGUGUACUUGCUUCUGGAAUAGAUGGCUUCGUGUAUUCUUUUCUUAUUAAAGAUUCAAGUUACAAAGUACAGGAUUUUAUCGAGGUAGAAGAGCCUGUGGAGCAUCUUGUGUUUUCUCCCAAUUACAGAAUGUUGCUGAUUCAAACAGAGAAGGGAUCUACUUAUAUCUACACUUUUGGUGAGGAGCCAACCUUUGAAAAAGUCCUAGCUUCUUAUGAUGCGAAUUUUCAGGCAAUGGAAUUUAUCACACCUGGAAACAGUCACUUCAUGACACUGACAAGUUCAGGGGACGUUGGUGUUUGGUUGUUGGAGAAUGGUUCUCCUGUCAGCAGUAUUUCUCUUAAUACCCCGUCGACAGUUCUGGCUUGCUCUCCCUCCUCACACUCUGCUGCCGUGGGGACCGUGGGUGGCUCAGUCCACUUCCUCAAUGUUGCUGACGUCAAGUCCCCUCGGGAAGUUCACAAGGCCUUUCUUUCCAAAGCUUCCGUGCAGGAUGUUAUUUAUGACCAGCGAGGAAUAUAUCUGUUAGCUGGAACAUCAGAAGGAUACAUCUUUGUUAUCAAUGCCAAGCCGUCAAGCUCAUUUCAGAUUCUUGGAUACACAGAGGUGGGCAAAGGCUUUUUACAAAUAUCCACAGUGUCUGUUUUGGAAACUGACAUAGUGGAAGUGAUGGUGCUUAUCCCACUUCCAGAAACAGAAAGAAGCAGACUGGAAAUAUUUACUCUGCCUACAAUACUACCACAAGUUGCUGCAAGCUUUGCUGAUGAAAGAGGGAAGCUGAGAGAUGAAUUCAUUCAUAAGUACCUGUAUGAGAUCGAGCAUGCUCUUUCCUCUGCAGUCUUGGACUUCCAAAGCCAACGAAUUUUUGGCUUCUGCAGUCACGUGCCAUACAUCUGUAGCUAUCUUCUUCCUGAAACAGAACAUACUGGUGUUUGCAUUCUUAAACCACUCCAAAAAGUGAAAAGCAGACAUUAUGGACAUGGAAAGCUGUAUCUGUCUUCUCAUGGAUUGUGGCUCUUAACAGUAGCUAAAGGUGGAAUUCUGUAUAUCCGAGAUGCUUAUACUUUGGAAACCUUUGCUCAGUGUCGGAGUCAUUCUUACCAGGGGCAAGGGAUUCAGUCAUUGAAAGUUUCAAUGGAUGGACAAGACAUUCUGGUGAAUGGGAGAAAUGACGGCACCCUUGUUUGUCUAAAAUGGAAGCGAUUUGGAGGAGUCUUAGCCACUGACAGUCUUCACCACUACUUGAAACUUUCAACUUCUCUGAGCAACACCAUGGAUGAGGAGAAUGCCUGUAUGCAUACAAUAAAAAGAGAUUCCUUAGAUUUGGGAUCAGAUCAUGAAAAAACACAGCUAAACAUUGACUCCUCACAAGAAGAAUUAGUCUCAGCUCAGGACAUGAAGGAAAUUUCCUGGAUAGAAGCAAAAAGUCAAGAGGCCAUCAAAAAAGAGGUUAACCAGUUCUCCAAGAAAAGGAAAGAGAUAAAAAAAGGAAUCAAAGCACUUGCUAAAACGGUUCAGAGUAUGAUGGAAGAAAAUGAAACAGUAGACUAUAUUGCAAAAUUAGAGCAACAGGAAUUCAGCCUGGAUCUUGAGGAGUUGGAAAGGCUUCAUGACGAAAGUGAGGAAGAAGUGGCAAAGAUAAGAAAGGACGCAGAGAUGGAUAAUCUAGCCAAGAGAUAUUUGGCUGAACUUAUCAAAGAAGAAUGCUGGAAUUCGAUGGCUGUGAAAGGUCGAGCUCUUAAGUGCUUUCGCUUACCCUAUAUGGUUGAGAACUUCCCAAUGAAAGAGCGCACAGCUAAAGAGUUGAAAGAAUUGGAGAAAGUUUUACAGCAAAAGAAGAUUGAAACAGAAUGUCUUAAACUACGAAUGGAAAUUGUAGAAGCCCAGUCUGCAGUUUCCUUGGGUAAAAAGCAUCAUGAAGAGGAUGAUGAAGAAGAGGAAGAAGAAAAUGUGACAGCAAAAGAUACCAAUUUGCCCAAUUACCUGCUUGGCAGUCUGAGUACUGAUUUUGGGGUGGAUACCUCUUUUUUGUCAAGCCAGUUGGAACUUCAUUCGAGAGAGGAGAAAAUCAACCAAAUUACAUUACUGAAGGAUAUCAUCUACAAGGUCAAAACUGUUUUUAAUAAUGAGUUUAAUGCUGCAUAUAAACAAAAAGAGUUUGAAAUUGCACGUGUGAGGGAGAGAAAUGUAAGAAUUCAAGAAAUUAUUUUAGAUCUGGAGUUGGAAGAAACGGUCUGGCAACCAGAAUUUGAAGAAUGUGAGAAGCCGGAGAGAACCCUUGUUGUGGAAGAUAGUGAGAUUACAGUUAGCAAACAUGUAAAACCGUGGAAAAAAGCCAAAGACGAACUGAUUACAGCCCAGAGAAUAGAGCAAUGGUUUACAUUCCAGGACUCCGACAUGAGACAUCGAGCCCUGAUGGACAUGAUGGGAGGUGUUCUGGAAGUCAAGAAGGAAGAUAUCUUGAGAAUGGUGAUUCCUCAGCCUGCUUUCAUGACAAAACCUGAUGCUGUGUGGUCUGAAGAGGAAAGGAAACAAUUCAAAGACUAUGAAAAAAAAGUAAAGGAGCUAAAUGAAGAAAGAGAUAAAUAUAGAAAGUCGUUAGAAGCAGAACUGAAGAAACUUCAAAACAGUAUUCAAGAAAGCACACAGGCCUUCGAUGAACAUUUAAAAAGACUCUUUGAGAGGAGAGUGAAGGCAGAGAUGGUUGUCAACCAGGAGGAAUUGAAAAUAACUAACCUUAGUUUCUCUUUACUAUUGGAUGAAGAAUUAAGCUCCAGAGAAUUAUGCCUGAACAACUACCUUGCAAGGAAGCAGGAGGAGAAAAUCCAGACUUCAGAGGCUAGCCGGAAUGCUAAAGAAGACCUCGAUAUGUACAAGGAGCACUAUGACAACUUACUGGCGGAAGACAAAGUUCUGGAUCGCAGCUUUAAAAAGGAGUUUUCUGAAAUUCCUGUGCAUCAAGUUGAUUUACUCUACAAACUUUUUAAACGCCGGCCAAAGAUUCACAAACAGAAAACGCCCCAAGAUACGGCCAAUAUUGUCCCUUUUGGAGAGCGACCAGGAUCUGACAAAUUGAACAGGGAUGCCUUUGCACAGUUAAUGAAAGCCAUGGAUGAACUGGACAAUAUUAAUAACAUGCCAGAAGGCUUGGAUGUCUCGGUCUGGGAACAUUUCUGCGUGACCAGACGAGUGAAAGUGGAAAAUGAACAGAAAGUAAAGCAGAAAGCAGCUGGCUUAAUGGAAAUGGUGGCUUUUCUUCGGAAGAGAAUUGAGGAAGAUGAAAAGGUGCAACAGAGCAUUGAAAAAGUGUUCCGUGAACUCAUCCUAUUACAGGAAGAGAAAGUAGAAUUCCAGUUGAAUUUGACUAUCCAAAUUCUCCUUAAACAAGGACAAGUAGAACUGGAGAAUUUUCAGUUAAUUCUGGAAUAUUCUGAUGCAAUUCUCAUCAACAAGAGCAUAAUUGAAGACUUGAAUUCUGUGGUUCGGACUCAAGGACAAAAGAAAGUUACUAGCAUGAUGGAAAGUAAAGAUGUCCACAAAGGAAUAUUUCAGAUUGAGUGGGAACAUAAGAAAAUGGAGAUGGAAAUGGAAGAUCUAAAUCAGAAGGCUUGGGAUAUUCAGAUGCUGUUUUUUUCAAGAGAUCGUCAAAAGUUCCUAAAUGAACCGCACUAUGAGACUCUGAUAGGUAUUCAGAUUGGAAUAAUGGAGCAAACUAUUGCUGUUUUAGAUAAGACCCACAAGAAGAAUGUGGAAAACUGCAAAAAACUACUCAAAAAACUGGAAAGGUUCAGCAAUCGCAAAGAUGUAGCAAAUUAUACUCUAAGCUGCAAUUUACGAGACGAGUUGGUGGCUGUCUCAGAGAGAAGAGACAUCUGUAAUGCAAUUGGAUCUAAACUAACUUGUGAAAAGAUUGCCAAAGAACAAUAUGAAAACAUGAUGCAACAACAAAAAUUAACAAAUAUUUCAAAACAACAAGCUGAACAGAUUUCAAUUCUGCAGGCUGAAGUUGAAAGAUUAAGGAUGAGAACAUUUCCUGCUCUUGUUCAAAUGUAA